ACUCUGUACACGGUUUGGUGAUUUUAAUCGCAAGUGCAACAAAAACACUCCAAAACAACGCAUCAUCCCUUCACUGCCAUUGGCCAUUCGUUACGAUAUAAAAGUAACCGUCCAUUUCACAUUUCCCCACGCAAUUCAUAUUUUUAUUAUUAUCUAUCAUCAUCUAUUUUUAAUUAUUUUUAAUUUAAUUCUAUUCCAUCCUUAUUAUUCGAUUUUCCCUCUUUCUCAACUAUUUUUCUUUCUUCUUCUCCUCAUACUUUCAUCCUUCUGAAGAUUUUCUGCACGCAGAUUCAAAUUCAAAUUCAAAUUCGAAACCUCAAAUCGUUUCUUCGAUUUUCCCAUGGCCGCGGUUUGUAAGCAUAUGCGGCAAUUAUCUCGAUUAAGAGGUUUAGGGCUUUCCAGAUUAUCACCAUCACAAUCAUCACCAUCAUCUUCUUCGUUUCAAACUUCAACAAUAUUCGAUCCAUAUUUUUCACCUCCACUUUCAACCACAAGAUCUUUUUCUCAAUUGGUCAAAUCCAAUGGCAAACACUUGUUUCUCGUUGACACAUUGGCCCUUGUUAGGAGAUUAGAAGCACAAGGAGUACCUUCAAAGCAAGCUGAAGCUAUAACUGCUGCUAUAACUGAAGUUUUGAAUGAUAGUCUUGAAAAUGUGUCUCAAGCAUUGGUAUCAAAAGGAGAAAUGCAAAAAACUGAAAUGAUUCAAGAGUCCAACCUGUCCAAAUUCAAAUCAGAAGUACAAAGCUCACAGGGGCACCAUUUUUCACUGUUGCAACAUGAGACUGAGAAGCUUAGGAAUGAUAUAGAGAAGAUGCGCAGUGAACUGAGGUAUGAAAUGGACAAAGUUACUGCUGGACAGCGAUUGGAUUUGAACCUUGAAAGGGGGAGAACUAGGGAGGAACUGUCAAAUCAGAGUGCUGAAACUAACAACCUGACCAACAAACUUGAUAGGGAGAUUCAUUCUUUAAGAGCACAACUGGAAGCCGCUAAAUACGAGGUCAUAAAAUACUGCAUAGGAACACUUGUUUCAAUCUCUGCUGUUGGUCUCGCUGUACUUCGUAUCUUGAUGUGAACUGGUUGUGACAUCUCAGUUAACCUCUAUAAAAACUAGGUAUCAAAGAAUCAAGAGUAGUAGCUAUUGGAAAAUGUUAUUACUGUGAGAUACAAUUGCAAAUUUACAAUACAGUGAUAGUGGAGCUGAAGGAACUAGCUCCCCGUUAGGCAAAAAUUGGGCCUUUUUUUUUAAGCCCUAUUCUUUCUACAGAUAUUCUUUCCAUUAUUGUUGUUCAUGCUUUUGGGAUAUUUGCACGUAUAGUAUGAUAUAUAAAUACACACCUUGAAGGCUUGGAUUAUAA